ACAGUCAAAAGCUCCCCAUUCCUCUUCCCCUUCUCACCCGGCACUCGAACUCUGCGGCCCUGCAAACCCUAGCUUUCGCUCCAUGGCCGACGGCGAUCCGGAGCCGGCGCCAGCGCCGGCACCGGCACUGGCUAACGAGAAGCUCCAUGUCCGGGCGGCGGCCUACGUGGAUGAGACGCGCCCGCCGCCACCGCUGGAGCCCUCCGGGGGUCCGGACGAGGAGAAGCGCCCGCCCGAAGAGGUAGAAGCGGAGGUGGAGAUGCACCCGCCGCGGGAACCAACCGGGGAGCCGCCCGUUGAUCGCCCGGGGGUGGAGGUGGUGGCGGACAUGAAGGCGAACGAAGUGGAGAAGGAAAGGGGGGAUCGGGCAAAGGAGAAGCGGGAGAAGGAUAAAGGGAAGGGGAAGGAGGAGAAAGAGAAGGUGGACGAAGAGGCGAAGGGGAAAGUGACUGCGGUGAUGAAGGUGGAUGGGACGGAGAAGGAGGUCAAGCCGACCCGGCGGCCAGCUGGGGCCAGCGCGGAGACGCCCAUCCUAGCGGUGCCGGUGGUGGCCGUGCCUUGCUUCAUCGCGCCUCCAGGGUUUGCGGGCCAGUUUGCAAUGACUCAUCAAGCAGCUUUGGCAAGUGUUACAGCACAGGCACAAAUGCACUUGCAGUCACCAACUCCAUCUGCAUGUUCGGAAGUGCCAUCAAGUCCAUUUUAUAUGACACCAAGAUCUCUAGUGCCAUUGCAGCAUUCACCAUCAGUAACUGAAGGAAAUAUUUGUACACCAAUUGCUGACAAGUCAUUUUCAUCUGAUUCAAAAUCACACCAUGUUGUAAAUAUGGUAGCUGAUGGCUUCAACUGGAGGAAAUAUGGUCAGAAGCAGGUGAAGAGUAGUGAUAAUUCCAGGAGCUACUAUAGAUGCACAAACUCUGGUUGUCUCGCUAAAAAGAAGGUUGAGCAUUUCCCUGAUGGCCGCGUUGUGGAAAUCAUUUACAGAGGAGCCCAUAAUCAUGAACCACCACAGAAGACCAGAUUUGCAAAGGAAAGAGUGACUCCUAUUAGUGUUCCCUCUGGAGGCGAAACCUUGAGGCUUGUGAACACAGAAAUUGUAGAAUCUAGCACGCCUACCUGUGAAUUGGAACGGAGUGCCAUCUCAGAAACUUCUGAGCAGCAUCUCUUUUGCUCAAGUGACUGCGAAGGGGAUGCUGGUAACAAAUCUGAAGAUGAACAUCCUAGCGCGGAAGCCCUGCCAAAGCGAAGAACACUUGAGGCUACAGCACCAAAUUUAACGCCGGUUCGCAGAACUGUUAGAGAGCAAAAGAUUAUUGUGCAGGCUGGAAAGAUGAGUGAUGGAUACAGAUGGCGUAAGUAUGGACAGAAAAUUGUGAAGGGAAAUCCAAACCCCAGGAGUUAUUACCGCUGCACGCACGGUGGAUGCCCUGUCCGUAAGCAUGUGGAGAAGGCGCCAGAUGAUGUUAACAAUAUUGUUGUAACGUAUGAAGGCAAACACAACCACGACGAACCUUUCAGAAGCAGCAGCAUACCAGUUUCUGUAAUCAGUCCAUCAGCGACAGCCACUGAGCAACCCAACACAUCAAGUACGUCAGAUGAGAGACCUCCAACCAUUACCCAGAAGGACGCCAACAGUGAGUCUGAUAAGGAGACAACCUUGAAAUUUGGAGGCGAGAAGGCACUCGAAUCUGCGCAAACGCUGCUCAGCAUCAAAACUAACUCCGAUGACAUGAAGAACUCUGUCCUGAAGGAAACUUCUGCUGCAGUUCCAGUCCAAAACAAUUGAGCAUGCUGAGAUAGGGUGAUUCUAUUGACAUCUCUUAGGCUGUCAUAUUUAUUGGUUGAGUGAUAUGCUAUUAUGUUAACUUGUAUGACGUGAGGCUUGGUGUUCGGUAUUCCGUGUGGAGCAUUUGAGGAAGCAUUAGGUUUCAGGAAGCCACGACUGGUUGUUUCUGCCUGUAUAGAUUCCCAUUCCCUAGUGUGUACAGGUACUGUAUUUUAUCUGAGGCCAGAUAACAUGUGUGGGGUGGUUCUUGAGAACCUGUGUGUGCUGUAUUGUUCUAGCUCGAUCUAUUGCAAUAGCUGAUACGAGAUUGUCAUUUA